AGAACUGUAUCGUGGACGUCUCUAAUCAUUAUAUAAAUGUAAUCGUGAUUAACUUAACGUUCGAUAAAAGUCCAGUGAUAUUAUAGUGAUGUGUUUCACCUGAGCAGCCCUCUCAAAUUACCACUGUUCAACGCCACCGUCUCAGGUGUCCUGUAACAUAGGUUCCAUAUAGGUAAAUGCCGAACGGCAGUUAUAAGUCAUCCCCCGUGCGCAACGGAAAUACACUGACACGCAAGAAACAACCCCCCGCGAGCUCUUCUCACCCACCACAGUUAAGUGAUCUGCCCCAGUCGAGUUUGAUAUUCCAAUUAGAGGCUGGGCAAGGUAUACGACAAUCCCACAAUGACCGGAGACAAGAAAAGCAAAGUGAUUCGUGUUGGAUCGAGAAAGAGUGAGAUUCAACGUUCUCAUAAAUCAUUCAUUUAUUUUAUAGCUUGCACUCAUUCAAACGAAAUAUGUGAUAGCAUGCCUGCAGAGGAUGUAUCCUGAUGUUCAGUACGAGAUUCAUACUAUGACAACAGUUGGCGACCGGGUGCUCAAUAAGUCACUGCCUAAAAUAGGUGAAAAAUCUCUCUUCACCAAAGACUUGGAGGAUGCUCUGCGCACCGGAGGUGUCGAUUUCGUGGUCCACUCGCUUAAAGAUCUACCGACGGCACUGCCCGUGGGAAUGGCCAUCGGAGCCGUUCUCGAGCGUGAAGAUCCUCGCGAUGCGUUGGUGUUGAACGCCAAACAUCGGGGGAAGUCGUUAUCCACCCUGCCGCAAGAUGCGAUCAUAGGAACCUCUUCCCUGCGCAGGUCCGCUCAGCUGGCGCGAAAUUAUCCUCACCUGAAGGUAUGUGAUAUACGGGGGAAUCUAAACACACGACUAGCCAAACUCGAUGCGGAGAGUUCAAAGUUUGCGGGAAUAAUUCUAGCCCAGGCUGGGCUCAUGAGAAUGGGGUGGAGCCAACGAAUUGAUCACACUAUCGAACCGUCGGAUAUUCUCUACGCCGUGGGACAAGGUGCGCUCGCAGUUGAGUGUCGUUCGAAUGAUGAAUAUAUUCUUGAUAUGCUGUCAAAGCUGUGUCACAUCGAAACGCAGUGUAGAAUAGUGGCCGAAAGGAGUCUGCUGAAGACCCUGGGUGGCGGGUGCAGCGCACCAGUUGCUGUAUGUACAAACAUGAAACGGAAGCAUGACUCAGGGUCGACUCAACUGAAUAUCCAAGGUGCGGUUUGGAGUUUAGACGGGAAAACGGAAAUACGCGCUGAGGAUGGAUGUUGUUUUCAGUUGCGAGAUACCACCCAGCAAGAUGUGGAUAACGGAAACGUCAUCCUUGCUAAGAAGAGUAAAGUAGAAGAGAACGACGAGAGUGUUUCAGUGGAUUCUCCGACCACUGACAAGCGGAAAAGUCCCGAGAUUAUAGAUGAAUCUAAACCCGGUUGCUCGCAAGCAAGCGAUGAGAUUGAUUUUGUAAAACUGAUCACUACUCAUGAGGAAGUUUUCAAGAAGUGCCCUUAUUCAACGAAAUUUAUGCAAUCCAAUGAAGUGAACGAAUCACAGGAAAAGGGACAAGGAGAUGCCAAGAGUCCUGUGUGUCCCAGUUCAUCAUUUCCAGUGGGUAUUGACUUCAUGGGAGACUGUCCGUAUGUCAGCACCGAGCAGAAAGUAGACCAGUCUGAACAACCCAUCCUGAAGUGUCCCGUAAGCGGUUUGUUGCAAGCAGAUGAGAAAAACCCAGCAGCCCAGGAUGCUCUGAAUAAACAAAUCACCGAAAAGUGUCCGUUCCUGGCGCAACAGGCCAAGGUUCUUGACUACAAUGAGAACCUCCAGCGAGAUAUUGUUGCACCCAAGCUGGAAGAUCACAGUGAGCAACUGUUCUGUGGCAUGUUCCGACACGGAUGUGUCGAAAAGGAAAUUUUCGAUGAAUGUGAGCGGCUCGGACAACGUUUGGCCCAAGCUCUCAUCUCGAAAGGUGCUUUGGAUGUAAUGAAAUGUGCGCAAAAUGAAAUUCACUCAAAGGUCUAAUGCUCAGUGAUUCGUUUUUUUAUGAAUCUACUCCUUUCGGUGGGGUUGUGAAUGGUGUUUAUGGUUCAGGUAUCCUUUUGUGGUGAUAUUUUCCAAGACAAUAGAAUUAUACAUAUCGAGUCAAGCGGUUUGUUUCCUUUUUAUUGCGCCGGGCAAUACAACAUUAAAACAUUUUCCCUCGAAUAGAUAGUUACAGUAUAAUAUAUAUGUUGUUGAGAUUUUUUUCGUUAAUUUUUUUUCCAUUUCAUUUUCACUUAUAGUAAAGUUACAAAAUCAUUGAAUAUAUGCCUGUUUCUGAACGCGUGUGACUCGGUGUUAGGAUAAACUGGAUGGUACGACAAUAAAUAAAAUAUAAAAAAACACGUAAAUGCAAAUGAUAACGAAUAUCACAGCAACACCAAAUGGGUAUAAGUUAAUUGCCUUCACACUCUGAUUAACAGGUGGGUCCAAAAUUCGACAUUCAACGUCGUUUUUUCUUGUCCUGCUUUCGGCUCCGGUGAUACGGACGUCUUGGCGUAUUCUGGGGUGAUGAAUGUUCCGAACUGGAAUCCUCGCUGUCAUU